CAGAUACUUCAUACGCGACACUGAAGCUAUGGAGCUUUCCCGGCCCGCGGGAUCCCAAAUCGUCGCCGCUUCUCGGCCUCACGCUGGUCAGGAUGCUUCAGCCGCACCUGUCAGGGAGCUUGAGAGAACUAUCGCGGGGUUUCAAGCCAUCUUGACCGACGAGGAUCGCAUAAAGCUGCAGCAGCUCAAAACGACCUCACACGACUCGCAAAGCAUCAUCACUUUCACGGCCGAGUUGGAUCUUCUUGACAAGAACAGGCGAGGGAAGAGUGUUGCCUCGAGAUUGGCUUCUUUCUUGCAGACAAUUGAACAGUUUACGCCUAUAGUCGACACCUACAUCCAAUCAAAUCCCGAUAUCGCGGCGCUUAUCUGGGGCUCAAUUAAACUAACAUUUCUGUUCCUCGCCAACUUCGCAUCCUACUUCCAAUCAUUCGUUGAGCUCCUUCACGGAUUCGGUUCACUUUGCACGCGAUUUGCCGAGUACCAAGUCAUUUUCAAUGAAUCCUCGCGUCUGAGGCGAUCCGUUUGCGAGUUUCACACUUCAGUUGUUACCUGCUGCCAGCAGAUUGUGUUGGCAAUUAGGCGACCCUUGAAGAAUCAACUUGUGAAGGCAAUUACUCAAUCCUUUCAGUCUGAGCUUCGAGGCUACGUGGAGGACAUCAGAGCGAAAGCAGAGGAAGUUCAAGGCGAUAUCCAACUGGCCAAGGCUCAGUGCGACCGUUUGGAACAGCAAUUGCAAACGACAGAGAGGCAAGACGCUAGCAACCAUCGGAAACGGUUGAUGGCUUGGACUUCCAAGGCGACGGGCGAAAUGGAAGCCUUACAGGCGCAGCGAAGGAGAAAUGAAUCAGAGCAGAAACGACGUCGCUUCCUUGAGGAGCUGUCUUCGUUCAACUUCACUUCGAGCUUCAACAGCACACGAAACAAACGUCAUAUUGGUACAGCGAAAUGGGUCUUUGAAACUCCAGAAUUUCAGAAAUGGGUUGGAAUCGAUGGGUCGCCCGUCCUUCACGUCACUGGCAAAAUUGGGUCUGGUAAAACAGUCUUGUCAUCCUCGAUUGUUGAGAAACUGUCACAAGUCAGGCCACCUCAACAGUUUGUGUCUUUCUUUUUUGUCCGAUUCGAUGAUCCGCUGAGCCUUGAUGCGGACACAAUUCUACGGUCUUGCGUUCAACAACUGAUCUCGGCCAUCAAUAUCGAUAGUCUUGACCAACAGAUAGCUUCUGAACUUGACAAAAGCCUUUCUGAGGCCAAGUGGAGUUUAUUCUCUCUCCAAUCACUUUCGAAACUCUAUUUGUCCGCGGCGCAAGCUAUUGAACACUGGUUCAUGGUUGUUGAUGGGCUGGAUGAAUGCAACAAUGAUCAACAGUCAAGAUUGCUGAGAUUCUUCCAAGGACUUCUUUCAGGCAAUAACACGGCCUGCAACAUAAGCAUUCUAAUCUCAUCUCGAGAGACAUGCACAAACGCAAUCAGAAGCACCUUCCCUGGAUCCCAGCGACUGACAACAGGCCUGAAGAGUACCAGUGCAGAUAUUGGCUCAUAUGUUGACGACAUCAUCAUCGAUAAACUAUCGACUGGGGAACUAGUCAUCAGCGACCCCAACUUGUUGAAUGAGAUUCUAGAAACAAUUGCUUCCAAGGAGCAGGGAAUGUUCCUGUGGGCCUUUUUUGCUAUUGAAGAUAUAUGCUCUCGAAAGACUGACCCUGAGAUUCGGCAAGCACUCCAACUUAUCCCCGCUGACCUUCCUGCAACGUUUGACCGUGCCCUUGGCCGCAUUGUCAAAAGGCGCAAUCAAGACGUCGCCAAGAAGGCUUUUAUGUGGGCAAACGCAACAUUGCAACCAUUGACAUUGCCACAACUCCGCGAAGCGCUGUCUAUCAAGCCUGGCCAACACACUCUGCGCCAGGAGGAUCUCCUUAGCGGAAUAGAAAGAUUACCUGCUUGGUGCGAGAACUUGAUUUAUGUGGAGGAAACAGACAACACAGUUCGUUUCAGUCAUCAUUCCAUCCAAGAGUAUCUUUUGGCGUCAAAUUCGGGUGAGCAUAGGGCCCUCCACAUUGACCCUGGCCAGUCCGACAAGCUUGCUGGCGAGGUUUGUAUUACCUAUGUCAAUCUUGACAACUUCGAGACGACGCUAGCAGAGAGGAAAGGAGAACCUCUGACUCCAUCUGCUAUGAAGAUAGAUCCAGGUGGAAUAGCUGAACAGACGGUACAAGCCGCCAUCCAAGGUGGAGUUGGAACACGCGUUGGCCGCCUAGCUCGCCGAUUUGUCAAGACAUCAAACACAAAGACGUCAACACAGCACGCAUUCUCCUUGGGUUCUCUCAUGCCAGUUACCAGUAAGGUGCAAGGGGCUGUAGACUACCCCUUUCUCGAGUAUGCUUCAGCGAACUGGUUCAAGCAUACCAAAUAUAUCAACAAAAAGGAGACGGAGAUUUGGAAGCUUUUCGGUCAAUUGGUCCAGAAGACCCUUCAACAUUCGCAAGGCGAGCCUUGGCAUAGCGAACAAUGGGAGCACCAAGCCAUGACGGGAUUUCCAGAUCAUGACCAUCCAAGAUCAAAACCCUACUGCUUCUUGACACGGACAAUGCUUUACGACAUACUAUAUGAGCCAGAAAACAAGCCAGACGCCUGGGCAAACUUCUCCCGGCUCUGCCUUGCUUUUAUGUAUGCUGAGCUGAACGGCUACUACGCCCUCGCAUGCCGAGCCUUCCAGUCGUUGAUAGAAUUCCCUUGGAUGGUAUCUGAGGUGGAAGAGGUCAAUUGCGUUAUAGCAGUCAACAAGAACUACGAGGUCUGUCGAAAUGGUUGUGCUAGUCUGAUUCAGACACGUGUUAAUCAUGGCCAACUCGUCACAGAGCUCAGCAAAGCUAUCGCCGGUGGGAUCUCAUCAUUCCCACCAUUACCCGGCUCUGAGUCACAUCCGCUAUGUGUCUGCGCAGACCAACCUCCUCAUGAGUUGAAAUCGGAUAUAUGCCAACUGUUAAAAACUGGCUAUAGUAGAACGAGUCAACCGCACCUGCAAGCUUUUGCUAUUUUGACAAAAGCACUUCGGAAUGAGGCACGUGGAGAUAUCCCCUGCAUAUUCGACUUGAGUAAGACGUGCAAGGAAGAGACUGAUACUUUGUUUAAAGCCAAAAACAUUCAAGGUAUGCUUUUGAUUGAUCUACUCAUCCAAGGGCUUCUCUCAUCCUUAUCUACAAGACCUUACGGAAGAAUGGUCUCAGACUCCGUCAGCAAGUUCGUGGGACACGAUGUUACACCGCGUUUCCCUUACGAGUUUAGCCCCCCAGUCUCACUGCCUACGCAAACCUCAAUAGCUUAUACUGUUUGUUUUCUGGGUUUCUUGGAUAUAGAGCUUGAUCGAGCAGCGGGACUUGAUGCACUCUAUAAAUACAGUGGCCCGAGAGAGCUCAUAACCCUACACGGAGAAACUAUCAGGGCAAUAUUUGGAAGGCUCGUUAUCCAUACACUAUGGCCGAUUGAUGCGGCAUUUUAUAUCGUCCGGACUCUAUUUGGGCAGUCUCUAAUGACUGAGCUUCAGCACAUUCCCGAUGCCUACGAAGACUCUUUUAGAGAAGCUGUGUGGAAUAAUAAUUGGGGUAUUGCAGCAGCGUUGCUGAAACUCCAGUCGGCUGCGCUGGAUAGGCUUACCAGCGAUGGUUAUUUCCUCUCUAUUAGAUCCGCUUUACGCUGCCAGAAAUGCUGGCAACGCACACAAGAGGUGGUAAGGCAGCUGCCUUCUAUCGAAAUGCGUCAGUACUCUUUCAUCUUAUGUGUGAGCCAUGCCAGCGAUUUCAAUAAAAUCGGUGCUCGUCUUGGAGGGGUAUAUGAGUAUGGUCGUUUACUAUGUCCUGGAAAUGAUACAGAUGGGUUGCCCAAACGGAAUAAAACGCUGGGGCAGUCACGGCUUUGAGUUGUCGCAAAGCAUAAUCAAUUUCGAAUUUCCUAUCACCUCUUGUCUUUUAUAAGUUCUUGGCCAACUGUCUCAUACAUCCCACCUCACAUCCUUAACCUGCUUCGUCCUCUC